GGAGCUGAAAAAAAGUCGUCGACCAUGGCAAAUCGUCAUUUCCCCCCAGAGCUGGUUAACAAGGUUGUUGGCCACGUCUGUGACCAGGCAGACGGAGCAACCUUGAAGGCUGCGUCCCUUGUCUGUCUCCAAUGGCAGGCCAUCAGCCGUCCAUACGUCUUCCAUAGAGUUGUUGUCACCACCCAGACAGGCCUCGAAAGCCUCGAAGCCUUCCUCCAAUCCAACCCAGACGUCACUCGCCACAUCCGCAUUCUCGUCGCCCACCCAAAGUCUGCCCAAGUGCUAGACUCGGCGGCCUGGGUCACGGACGUGCCGUCCCUGCUUGCGCCGUUGCUCGUGAACCUGCAGGCCAUCGAGCUCAUCGACCUCCACGAGCAGGACGCGAACCUCGGCGUGGACUUCGGGCCCAAGCUCGCCGACUUCACCACCGUCCACACUCUCACGCUCCGCGCCUGCUUCAUGGACCCCCCGCUCUUGUACACAGUGAUUUCCGCGCUGCCCGCGCUCCGCUCCCUCGUCAUCGCGGCCGUGCUCACCUUGCAUGGUGGCGGGGGCCCGAACCUGCAGCAGCUGCGCGGCCCACGCCUCGAGUCGCUCGACAUGUAUUUCACUCCUGCGUACCUCGACGGGAUGGAGAGUGUCCUGCCCUGGCUCGCGACGACCGAGACCGUGCAGAGCAUUCGCUCCCUGAGGCUCAUAGUGCGUCUACACGACUCGAGAGCUGUGGGCCAGUUCAUCGAGGCAGUGGGCGGAGAGCUCGAGGAGCUCGAUUUAGAACUCGAGGCCUUUUUGGGACUGCCUCUGGAGACGGCAAGUGAGUUUCUGCCCCGGUUAGCGACCAAAAUUUACCUCACAAGUUUUGUAGCGAUGAAGCAGAACAUAAGCAUCGUCAAAUGCAGCAGGCUGCGCUCGUUCGCCCUUUAUGAUAAUGACGUCCUGUCGGUGGCGGCCCUCGGGUUCAUUAAUGAGCUGAAUUCUCCCCACUUAGAAACGAUCUCGCUCACCGUCACGAGCGAAGCGGACGACCCCGAGCAGCUGCCGGAUCUGUCGAUGCUCGCCGCUCCCCUCGCCCGAGAGGCAUUGAGCGCUCUCAAAGCCGUCCGUAUCGGUUAUCAAGGACCUCUUGCCAUCCACAUUGUCCGAGAGAGGAUCCAGAUGGCCCUUCCUGAGGUCCACUUCAGAGGGCAUCUUAUCGUCUUCCGUGCUUGA